UACUAGAGUUGUCUUACAGGUGUACCGAGUACGAGACCAUACCAAUCCAUUUGAUACCGAUAGUGUUUAAGGGAUAAUUAUAGGAUCAAUUUAAUGAUGAGUAACGACCUCUCUUCAAUUUCUACUCAAUCGUCUUACCACCUCACGAAAGAUGAUAUUGACAAAACAGGUUACGAUAUACACUUUAAGAAGAAAGUUGAUGAUGAUUUGCAUUGUAACUUAUGCCGCUACCCACUCCGCUUACCAAAACAGUCCGUAUGUGGAUGUAGAUACUGCUCCGCUUGUAUCAAGCUGUAUUUAGAGGAGCACAACAUAGAUGAUGAAUUCGAUUGCCCUUCAUGUAAAGAGAAAAUAUCCUCAGCAGAGAUGGUUCCAGACUAUCGAGUCAAGAAACAGCUUGAUAAAAAAAUUGUGUUCUGUCCGAAGAAUUUAGAAGGCUGCCAGGCCGAGUUUCCUCUGAAAGAACUCGAAGCACAUACCGACAUCUGUGAGUUUACGAUGGUAAAGUGCCCGAAUCAACUCAAUGGGUGCAUUGCAUCAAUUCGACGCAAGGACCUUGAGAAACAUUUGAAAAUUGACUGUGCGUUUCGACUUGCUCAAUGUAUUUAUUGUCAAGAACGAUUUCCCAAAUUGAAGGUUGCGGAACACACUAAAAGAUGUCAAUUUGUACCAACAAAAUGUCCAAACAAAUGCGGUAUGGCGAUACCACAAGCAAAGAUGGACGAACAUUUAGAGAAGGAAUGCAAAAACGAAUUGCGUCAAUGUAAAUUUGCUGAGUACAGCUGCACGUUCAAGGGUGUGCAAUGUGAUCUGGAGAAACACAUUCAAGACUCGAUGUCAAAACAUUUAGAUAUGGUGAUGUUUGAAACCGUCCGUCUGCGACUAAAAGAUGCAGAAUCUCAACGACAAAUUGCUGAUCUGGAAAAUAGGAACAGCAUAUUAAAAGAGAAACAAAAAGUUCAGGCUAAAGAACUCCAAGAAUUAAGAGAGAAAUGUGAUGGAAAUACCACCACCCUGCAGACUUUUGAAAGUUCGCUAUCAAGCCAGUUAGAUAAAUUUAACAAAUUUGAAGAGAAAUUGACAACUGUGGCAGCAAUUGAUGACGUAAAGGAAAUAAAAGUAAUGAUUGGUCCAAUACAAGAGCACAUUCGUUCGCUGAGAGAUAAAAUGAGAGAAAUUGAAAAUGGCCCCGGAACUGCUCUGGGUUCUAACGGUUCUAACGGUCUUCAACUCCAUAAUAUUCAUAGUCGCCUUACUCAGAUGAACAAGGAAAUAGGCUUGCACGCAGCCAGCCUCGCCGAGCAAGAUGUGCGGAUUCAAAUAACUGAAUGCGCCAGUUACGAUGGCGUCUUAUUGUGGAAGAUCAAUGACUUUGAAAGACGCAUGCAUGAAGCCAAGUCUAAGAAAAACUACUCGCUAUAUAGCCAGCCAUUUUAUACAAGUAGGUUUGGCUAUAAGAUGUGUGCAAGGGUGUAUCUGAAUGGGGAUGGCAGCGGCAGCGGUACCCACUUGUCGCUGUUUUUUGUCGUGAUGAAAGGAGAAUAUGAUGCGCUUCUUCCGUGGCCAUUUAAACAAAAGGUAACAAUGAUACUUCUUGAUCAAUCACCAAGUCGACGUCACCUGACCGAUGCCUUUAAACCGAACCCGCUCAGCAGUAGCUUCCAACGUCCGGUGAACGAUAUGAACAUCGCGUCAGGCUGCCCACAAUUCGUUGCUCAUGGGACACUGAAUUCACAAACUUACUGCAAAGAUAAUACAAUGUAUAUUAAGGUGAUUGUUGAUAUACCGGACCCUUGUGUGUAGAUCAUCCAAGCUACUUAUUGAAUAACUGAAAGUGUUUUUGUAGGAAUAUAAAACGUGCGAAAAUGCGUUAAUAUAAGUUUUUAAUAGUUUUUUGUGUUUAUUUUUUAAGUUUUGAAUCCGGUAAGAAUUAGAUACUGGUAAGAAUUAGAUAAUAAAUUUCAAUGUUUAAGUUCUAAAGUUACAUCUCUUUAUGAUAACUUUUAAGUUUUGAAUCACAACAAAAGCUUACAAAAAAAGAAAUAUUUAUAAAAAUAAUAAUAUCCUAACAAAACUCAAAAGAAAUAGAUAGACCUAAAGAUAAUAAAUAAUAUGUGAUGUUUUCAAGUUUAUGUUUCUUGAUCACGUGGUACUGUAUUAUAUAAUUAUUGUAAUUUGAAAGUGUGAACAGAGCCUUAGUAUUAUUGUUUUCAAAGAAUGAGCAAGAAAACAAUUUUUUUGUUGGGUUGUAAAUAGUUAUGUAGUUUUAAAUAUAUUGUAACUACCUCAUAUAUUUAUUGCAUAGGCGUGUAAUAUUCUUUGAAUAUGUUAUGAUAUGCACCUGUUUUGGAAUUUAAAACGACUCAAUAUGUAGAUAAGAUGUAUUAUACAUUGCGAACUACAAUACCGUAAAUCCUCGAAUAAAAACCUAUAUUUUUAGGACCCCUAGAUGGGCUUAUUUACGAGAUUACUUUUCCAAACUAAAGAGUAAAUAUUUGACAUUUCUACUAUACGACAUUUUUCAACUAUAGAAAUCGAGUUAUGUUUAACAUUUUAACCAACUUUUUAACUUUUAAUAAAAUAAUAUUGAUACUGACACGCUGUCAUACAUCGAAGAUAACAUAAGAUAAGUAUAUUGUUAGUUGUCUAAAUGUGUAAGUACUACAGUAACUCGAAAUGAGGAACAAACAACAAAAUGGUAAAUUAACUUACGUCUUUGUUUACGUUUUGUAUUUACAAAGCCUGUUUAACUAAAAUAUCGACA